AUGGAUUUUCUGACCGUGUCGCAGCCAACUUCGAAUUUUCAACUGGUACCCCGAGAUUUCGCAGCGGACGAACGGCCCUUGGCAGACGACCAAGAUAGGCAUUUUACUUUACACGGCAAAGAUGAUGACGAAAAACUGGCCGCAAUGUGCGAGGCUGGCUUUGUCACUGAUUGUCGGAUCUCGAUAGAGAGGGCCCGGGCGGCUGCCAGCAAUCAAGAUGAAAAAUCAAAGACACAUAUGGAGUCGACGAAGUCGUUAUCGCGCCCUCCCUUUGGAAAGACUGAGGACCAUACUGCUUAUCGACCCUCUUUCCCCGCUUACGGUCUAUUUGUUAUCCUGGCCAUCGCCCUUCUCGUGCGCUCCAUUCACCGAGGGUAG